AUGGAAAGUUUAAAUUAUUCUCAUAAUGCUAGUAUAGAUUUAUUGGAACCAAUAAUAACAAUUAGUGUAGUAUUUGUUUGUUUAUAUAUGAUAAUAAGCACAGGAAAUCCAAUAUAUUAUUAUAUAAAAGGUUUUCUUCAAAGAACUAAAAUUUUUUUAUAUGAAAUAAAAGAUAUAUUUACACACAUAAAUUAUUAUCCCUUAAUAGUUUCCUCCUUUUUUAUUGUUACAUAUUAUGUUUUACACAUAUUAAAUUAUAAUCAUAUUAAAUACUUAUUUUAUGUUAAUUAUCGCUAUUACGAAAACAUAUUAAAUAGUAGCAUAAAUGAUAUUGAUCUUAUGUACAUAUUCAAAAAUGGCAUUAGCGAUCAUUUUUUAGUUAAUUUUUUAUAUGUCUGCAAAUUUUUUUUUCAUAUUUUUUUUAUAAACGAUCCACAUAUUUCAAAAACAUUGUUUACCUUUUUUUUUAUUUACAUCAUUUUAUGUCUAUAUGCGAAACGUGUUAGUUCGACAACAUUCAUUAUUAGUGUAUUAUUGAAAGGAAUACUAUCAGGAUUUGUAUUAGUUUAUUUUUUCGAAAAGGUUUUAAAAGUUGAAUAUAAUCAUAGUGGUGAAGGUUUAUUCUCUUUAUUAUUUUUACCUUUUUUCUACAUAACCAAUCCAUAUUUAAGUGCCUAUCAAUACAACGAUAUAAGUUUACACCCAUACCAUGGAACCGAGCUAAAAUUUUAUAUUCAUACUUUAUAUUUUUUAAAAUACAUAAUAUAUAAUGAAAAUUAUUACGAAAUAAAAGCGCUAGUUGCAAUAAUAAUAUAUUUAAUUAUAUAUGCCAAACAAAUAAUAGAUCAUUUCAACCCCCAAAUUUUUAUGAAAGCAAUAUGGCUAAUAGCAUAUUAUUUCAUCACCAAUUAUGCCCCAUUUUCUUUUUCACACAAUUUUAAAAUAACAGAAAUAUUUAACAAAAAUAUCAUCGAUUUGUUACGAUAUGAAUUUAAGAGAAAUCCUUCCCUACAUGAGUUUAAUACACUUUCAGGAAUCCCAUUUAAUUACUUAAUAAGUAAAAUCUCAUUUUUUUGGAUACCCUAUAUGUUAUUAAAUAGGAAUAUUGGGGGGUUGAAAUAUAUAAUCAUGUUACUAAUAGUUGUUAACUUUAUAUCCGCUUGCACAUAUAUGUUACCAAAUUUUUUACCAGGAUAUCCACUCAAUAUGCUACUUUUAUAUUUUUUAAACACAUUAUAA